CCCAAAUAUUCUUUAUUUAUCUAUUUCUCAGUAUUGACGAACACCCAUCAAUGGAGUUCUUAAUAAAUUGAAAUAAGUAUAUUUUUUUGUUAUAGAUUUCAAAAUCUAUAAGAAGAUGAGAAGACGAAGGAGCAACGGAUUUGGCUGCACAGAAAUAUUUGAAAUACAAAAAAAUAAGAGAAAGGCUAGCACAUCUUCACCAUCAAAGAACGUGAAUGGCAUAACUGUGCUACUAGAGCCAAGGUUUCAGAAAAAUCUCUGCAUUUUUAUGGUCACAAUAGAGUUAUACACCAGAUAUUGGAGAGGAAGAUUUGAAGAUACAAAAGUGAUUUUGACGCAAGAAAACAACAUAGUGGCUAAUCAUUUGGCUAAAUCAAAUCUUUCAUUAAAUUGUAAUUUUAACAGAUAUUUUAUUAUCUCAUUGUAUAAUUAAUCCCUUUGAUAAGGAUUACUACGAUUUUUGUUUUUAUUUUUGAAUGAAAACAGUUGUUAAAUAAUAAAUAUAAAUCAUUAAUAGAUAAUUCUAUAUUUUUU